UGGUGGAGGCUAUGGUGGUUGAUGAUUAAAAUUUUGCGAGAAAGAAGAGAGUAGGAAGAGAGAAAUGCGUGAUAUUAAGGCAUUAAUACACCAAUCACCUCUUUACUCAUUACCACUGCCUUCCACACACUCUCUCUCUUCUGUCCUAUGACUUGUCUCUGUGCUUUGAUAACUCCUCCAUUCACCAUUUUCCAAAACGGAAAACACAUUAGGAUUGGAGACUGUUUCACACUCAAAAUUCACAAAACAAGGAAAAUAAAUUAAACCCAGCAAACAGACAAAAAAAGAAAACUUGAGAGAGAGAGAGAGAGAGAGGGAAGAGCACUUAAUAUGUCAAACACAAAUCCAUAAAGACCAACCCCCCCAAUGCAAUGACCCAUCACCGCACUCCCAUUACUACUCCUACUACAUCCUCACCCGCCACCCACCACCACCGCAAUGUCUUCUUCCUCCGCUAGCAUGCUGUGCGUCGAAGACGCCAGCGAAGCAAUCUCCGACCACCCCUCUCCGCCAUCAUUGACAGCACUCUGGCAGCCCUACGACGAUGAUUCCGACAUCAGCGAACUCAUCGACGCAGAGGCGCGGCACAUGGCGUCGGCGGAUUACCUCCGGCGGUGCGGCGAUGGUUCGGUGGACGUGAGCGCACGGUUGGACGCCAUCAACUGGAUGUUAAAGGUGCAGGCAUUCUAUGAGUUCCAUCCAGUAACGGCCUUCCUUUCCAUCAACUACAUGGACCGCUUCCUCUCCCUCGUUUCUCUUCCGGUACGAUCCAGGUGGGCAUUUCAGCUACUAUCCGUGGCGUGUUUGUCUGUGGCGGCGAAAAUGGAGGAGCCACAAGUGCCUCUCUUGCUUGACCUCCAGCUUUUCCAGCCAACCUUGGUGUUUCACCCCAAAACCCUUCGCAGAAUGGAGCUUUGCCUCUUGUCUAAUCUCAACUGGACACUCCGUUCCGUUACCCCCUUCCAUUACCUUCAUUAUUACCUCACCAACCUCCCUUCUUCUUCUUCUUCUUUCAACCGGUUACAGUUACUCUCCGCUGCCUCCGACCUCAUCCUCGCCUCCACCCGUGUGAUUAAGUUCUUGGAGUUUCCGCCGUCCGCCGUGGCAGCUGCCGCCGUCCUCUGCUCAGCUGGCCACCACCACCCUCAUGUAUUCCACCACAGAGUAAACCAUGAAAUGGUGAGACGCUGUCACCAACUAAUGGAGGACUACGUGCUGGACACGUGUCCCGCAUCCACCACCAAAGCCACGCGAGGCCACCCGCCACCUCAGAGCCCCGUCGCCGUCCUCGACAGAGAAAAGAGGUUCCUUUUUUUCCCUAUAAAACACUAUUUAUAUCUCGAUUAUAAGACCAAGGGUCAUGAUUUGGUAGAUUCUUGGUCCGGCUAA